GGUUAAUUCAGCUGCCUUGCCGGUCACGUAACCGUUAGUUAACCCCAGGUGACCAAUCCAAUUCAGUCCUUAACCUUUAAACCUUCAAACCUUCAACUUCAACUUUCACUCUUCAAUCUCCGACAACUUUGUCUGCAGCGCAGCGAGCCCACCCUCAACAUCAUUGUCUCAACUCAUCGAUCAAGUUAUCAUCUUUCUUUCAUUUUCUGCAUCUAACCCCAUCCCCGAGUUGUCAUUGUCCUGAUUUGAAUCCCUUAUCGCCAGCCAUGUCAUUCGAUCAAUUAUCCUCGAUAGAAUCCGGUGGUGGUGGCGGUGCCCGUCGCCAAAACAAUGGCAGCUAUGCGGAUGACCCGGAAUUCUCUCGCCUAUCGCAAAGUUUGAUGAACAAACUCUUCCAUUUGCAGGGCAACAUAUCAAAACUCAAUUCGGACAUCGGCCUACUCGGCACGCGCCGGGACAACCCUCGAUUGCGCGAAAGAGUCCAUGCCACGAUUGAGGAAUCGACUGAGCAAUUCAAAGAGGUUGGCGAGGGUAUCAAGAAAAUCCAGACCUGGGAAGAUGCUACGCCCACCCAGAAGUACUCUCAACAAAAACUUUCGCGCGAGUUCAAGGCCGCCCUCGGUGAAUUUCAAUCCCUCCAACGCACUGCUAUCGAAAAACAACGGGCCUCUGUCACCGCCGCAAAGGCUGCGCUCGACCAUGAAACCGAAGGUGCCCCAUCCAGCCCCGCAGGCGAUCAGCUCCAGCAGCUCCAGCAACAGGAGCAAGUACACCUAGCGCCGCAAGACGAGGUUGACUUCCAGGAAGCUUUAAUCACCGAACGUGAGGAAGAAAUCCGGCAGAUCGAGGAGGGUGUCGGCGACCUAAACGUGCUGUUCCAGCAAGUUGCGCAGAUCGUCAGCGAGCAGGGAGAGCAACUCCAGACCAUCGAGAGCAACGCCGUUAACGUCCGUGAUGACACGCGUGGUGCUGAUUACGAGUUGCGCAGCGCGGCCCGAUAUCAGAAGAAUGCGCGGAGCAAGGCGUGCUGCUUGCUCUUGAUUCUGGCUGUCAUUAUGGCUAUCGUCUUGUUGGCCGUGUUCCUGGGAUAGAUCGAGCCUGAGCCCUCGGCGUAAAGAGUAUAGAUCGACUAGUUAGUGUACGAGUGGGCAUCUGGGGCGUUCUGGAGUCAGCGCAAAUAGCUGGAGAUUCUUAUGUUCUAUGUAGUUGGGUGUGUAUCACGUUUGCGCUAUACAGGCUCGAAAGGAGCUAGUUAUCGCUUUCUUUUUA